AUUAUUAGCCUAAUUUAGGCACAUGUUGAGGGUGAAAGGUAAAAAGUUUACCAAGAGAGAGAGAGAGAGACGUAAGAUUUUCACCAGACAAAAUGGGUACAAAAUACGAAGAGGAUUUCUGCUGCAUCGUGUGCAAUGACAUCUUUAAGGACCCUGUGCUCCUGACAUGCAGCCACGCUGUGUGUGAACACUGCCUAAAGGACUUCUGGGAGGACAUCGGGGCGCAUAAGUGUCCAGUCUGCAGGAGGAGGUCAUCGAAGGAUCAGCUUCUACCAAACCUGGUCUUGAAGAACCUGUGUGAGACGUUCUGGCAGGAGAGAAGUCAGAAACCUCAAGCAGGGUGCUGGGCGCUCUGUAAAGAGCACAGCGAGCAGCUCAAGUUCUACUGUGUGGAGCAUGACUUCCCCGUGUGUGUCGUGUGCCAGUUCGACAGUAAACACACGUGCCACACCAUCAAACCACGAAACAAGUUUGAACCGUUUGACCUUAAGGAGGAACUGAAGUUGUGUCUAGGGCGACUAAAGACCAAACUGGAAGACCUUGAAGAAGCACAACUCGCUGGAGAUGAAACCACACACUGCAUUACGGCUCGGGCCAUACACAUCGAGAAGCUGAUCACGGAGGAGUUUGAGCACCUCCACCGGUUCCUGCGGGACGAGGAGAAGGUCCGGCUGGCCAUCGUGAGGCAGGAGAAGGAGGAGAAGCUGCAGAUGUUAUGGGAGAUGAGCAGCCGCAUAAGGAGGAAGAUGACCUGUCUAAACGACACUAUCAAAGCCAUACAAAGGAAAUUGGAAGCAGAUGGGGUCACAAACCUGAAGGAUUACCAGAAAAACGUUGAAAUAACCGAUUGCAAACUGCAGGAGCCAGAAAAAGUUUCAGAAAUUCUGCUCAAUGAGACGAAACACCUGGACAAACUGAAGUGCGAAGUCAUAAAGCAGUUGAGAGAGACUGAUGAGAAGCCUGCUUUGACUCUAGACCACAACACUGCACACCCAGAUCUGGUCCUGUCUGAGGAUCUGACCACUGUGACAUUCGUUGAAAAUAACCCACAGAGGUAUGACUUGUACCACAGUGUGCUGGGCUCUGUGGGCUUUGACAUGGGCACUCACUGCUGGGAUGUGGAGGUUGGGGACUAUCCACGCUGGAUUCUGGGCGUGAUGGCGGAGUCUGCUAAGAGGAAGGGAGACUUCACCCCCAUGAGUGGACGCUGGUUUAUGUGGCGUAACGAUGACGAGUACGCUGCGCGCUCUACGCCGACCCCCUCCACUUUCCUUAAGGUGGAGCAGAAGCCGCAGAGAGUCCGAGUGCAGCUGGACUGGAACGGAGGAGAAUUGUCAUUCUUUGAUGCGGAUACUUUUGGACACAUACACACUCUCAAAGACACUUUCAAGGAGAAAGUGUACCCAUACUUUAACACAGUCUUUACUUUGAAGGUCCUGCAAGUAGAUUCAGGGUGGAUGACAGCAGAAGACACGGGGUGGACCCCAAUACCGUAAUUUCCUGCCUAUAGACCGCAACAGUCCCGUCCACUGCCGAUUCUGGAGUAUAAGCCAUCG